ACACCGCACAACUCACCGCAGCUUCGGCAUCGUACAUACCGCUGUCAACGGACCAUCUGAAAAAUAACACGGGGGAGUGGACUGAAUUUGGCACAGCGGCGGACAACACCACGAGGGGCCUCCACUUCAGCGCGCUUGGUAUAAGGGGGCGUGGCAGCGAAGGACCACAGUCAAGUGACAGAAGUGACCGGUGGAGAGCUUCUUGUCACUUGGCUGAUCAGCUACCGACAAGCGUGGCGGUGAACAUCAUUGAUACACAAACAUUGGAACCGGGUCACUGUCGACAUGGAGCAGGACAGUCACAUUCUCCCAAAGGAUUUUCCAAAACUGAAAAAUGAUACCUUUCUGCGAGCUGCUAGAGGGGAGGAGACCCAGCAUGUGCCCGUGUGGUGCAUGAGACAGGCAGGGAGGUACCUGCCAGAGUUCAGGGAGGCACGUGCUGGAAAGGAUUUCUUUGAGACAUGCCGAUCUCCAGAAGCUUGCUGCGAGUUGACCUUGCAGCCUUUGAGACGAUUCCCCUUUGAUGCUGCCAUCAUCUUCUGUGAUAUUUUAGUUGUCCCUCAGGCGCUGGGCAUGGAGGUGCUGAUGGUUCCAGGGAAGGGCCCCACAUUCCCAGAACCCCUGAAAGAGCCGGAGGACUUGGUGCGCCUCAGCCCCCAGGUGGACGUGGCAGCCGAACUGGGAUAUGUCUUCAAGGCCAUCACGCUGACUCGCCACAAACUGGAGGGCAAGGUCCCACUCAUCGGCUUCACGGGCGCACCAUGGACACUGAUGACCUACAUGAUUGAGGGGGCUGGCUCGCCCACCAUGUCGAAGGCGAAGCGCUGGCUCUACCGCCACCCGGAGGCCAGUCAUAAACUGCUGCGGCAGCUCACUGAUGUCAUUGUGGAGUAUCUUCUAGGGCAGGUCAACGCCGGAGCGCAGGCCCUGCAGGUGUUUGAGUCCCAUGCCGGUUGCCUGGGUCCAGUGCAGUUCAACGAGUUUGCCCUGCCCUACCUGCGGGACAUUGCCCGCAGAGUGAAGGAGAAACUCAAGGAGUCAGGUCUGGACACGGUACCCAUGAUUGUCUUUGCCAAGGAUGCCCACUACGCCCUGGAGGACCUCUCGCAGUCCCACUACGAGGUAGUCGGCCUGGACUGGACUGUUGACCCCAAAGAAGCCCGGGAGAGAACCGGAGGCCGGGUGAGCUUGCAGGGCAACAUGGACCCCUGUGGUCUUUAUGCUCCGAAGGAGAAGAUUGGUGAGAUUGUGAAAAAGAUGGUGGAGGGAUUUGGUACCCAGCGGUACAUCGCCAACCUGGGUCAUGGGCUGUACCCUGACAUGGAUCCGGAUCAUGUUGGUGCUUUUGUGGAGGCUGUUCACAGUCAGUCGAAGCAGCUCCAGGAACAGAAAUGAAGCCCUUUGGACAGAUUUACAAAGCUCCUGCCCCACUGCAUUGUUUGCACAAUUUUAUUAAAAAGAUGGCAGUGUGUGUGUGUGGCUUUUUUUUUUUUUUUUUUUUUUUUUUUAAAUGCUGUAAACAUUUGAAGCAGAGAAAAUGCUUUAGUAAAGUAGGCUUAAGAUCACGAGUGGUGAUUUUUUUUUUUUUUUUU